AUGCCUGGUGAAGCCACAGAGACGGUCCCGGUCACUGAGCAGGAGAUGCAGCAGCCACAAGUUGAGACUGGUUUGUAUAGCAUUAUUAUAUCACACUUGCAUGCUAAGAUACUAAACUGCAGGGCUAAUGGGGUCCUGGAACUCAAACACUGCAGUAGCAAAUUCAACAGCAGCAGUGCUUGUUGGACGUAGUGACCUGAAGUAAUAUUCCCCCAGUGGAGUUGUGGCUGUUACUUGAGAGCUCUAUAUUAAUUGUACUCCUUCGGGAAAGGUAGCACUCAUCAGUUGUCAAGCAGGGGACACUGCUGUAGAAUGACACUUUUGGUGACAUUCACUUGGAGACAUUCACUUGGAGCUGUUUUCCCUGGUUCACCUGCUGAGUCCAGCUUUACACAUAUUCUCAGCAUAUAUAGGGAGAUGUGUUGUCAGGUUUCUUUUAAGGGGGAGGGUGGGCUGAUCAGCUGAGAGAUCAUAUACAGUGAGGUCCAAAAGUAUUUGGACAGUGACAAAUGUUUUGUUUUGGCUCUGUACUCCAGCACUUUGAAAUGAUACAAUGACUGAGUGCAGACUGUUAGCUUAAAUUUUAGGGUAUUUUCAUCCAUACCUGUUGAACCGUUUAGAAAUUAUGUUCCCCAUUUUAGGGAACAAAAAUAUUUGGUCCCAUAUUCCUAGCAACCAAUAAGUGUUUCCCCUGUAUUCAUUUAGCAGAGGCGCACUGCUGUAAUUUCUAAACAGUUCAACCAAUAUGGAUGAAAAUACCGUCAAAUUAAAGCUGACAGUCUGAACUUUUUAAAAUCCAAAGGCCUUGACUACAGUGGGGGGGAAAAAGUAUUUAGUCAGCCACCAAUUGUGCAAGUUCUCCCACUUAAAAAGAUGAGAGAGGCCUGUAAUUUUCAUCAUAGUUACACGUCAACUAUGACAGACAAAAUGAGGGGGAAAAAAUCCAGAAAAUCACAUUGUAGGAUUUUUAAUGAAUUUAUUUGCAAAUUAUGGUGGAAAAUAAGUAUUUGGUCACCUACAAACAAGCAAGAUUUCUGGCUCUCACAGACCUGUAACUUCUUCUUUAAGAGGCUCCUCUGUCCCACACGGGGGGACCUAGUGAAUGACCUGCAGAGAGCUGGGACCAAAGUAACAAAGCCUACCAUCAGUAACACACUACGCCGCCAGGGACUCAAAUCCUGCAGUGCCAGACUUGUCCCCCUGCUUAAGCCAGUACAUGUCCAGGCCCAUCUGAAGUUUGCUAGAGUGCAUUUGGAUGAUCCAUAAGAGGAUUGGGAGAAUGUCAUAUGGUCAGAUGAAACCAAAAUAGAACUUUUUGUUAAAAACUCAACUCGUCGUGUUUGGAGGACAAAGAAUGCUGAGUUGCAUCCAAAGAACACCAUACCUACUGUGAAGCAUGGGGGUGGAAACAUCAUGCUUUGGGGCUGUUUUUCUGCAAAGGGACCAGGACGACUGAUCCGUGUAAAGGAAAGAAUGAAUGGGGCCAUGUAUCGUGAGAUUUUGAGUGAAAACCUCCUUCCAUCAGCAAGGGCAUUGAAGAUGAAACGUGGCUGGGUCUUUCAGCAUGACAGUGAUCCCAAACACACCGCCCGGGCAACGAAGGAGUGGCUUCGUAAGAAGCAUUUCAAGGUCCUGGAGUGGCCUAGCCAGUCUCCAGAUCUCAACCCCAUAGAAAAUCUUUGGAGGGAGUUGGAAGUCCGUGUUGCCCAGCGACAGCCCCAAAACAUCACUGCUCUAGAGGAGAUCUGCAUGGAGGAAUGGGCCAAAAUACCAGCAACAGUGUGUGAAAACCUUGUGAAGACUUACAGAAAACGUUUGACCUGUGUCAUUGCCAACAAAGGGUAUAUAACAAAGUAUUGAGAAACUUUUGUUAUUGUCCAAAUACUUAUUUUCCACCAUAAUUUGCAAAUAAAUUCAUUAAAAAUCUAUACAAUGUGAUUUUCUGGAUUUUUUUUUCCUCCUUUUGUCUGUCAUAGUUGACGUGUACCUAUGAUGAAAAUUACAGGCCUCAUCUUUUUAAGUGGGAGAACUUGCACAAUUGGUGGCUGACUAAAUACUUUUUUCCCCCACUGUACAGGGCCAAAACACUGUCCAAAUACUUUUUGACCUCCCUGUAUAAACCAUGGCCUGUAGAUUAUAAUCCUGGGGGGCUACUCUGACUCAAUCCACAACUUCCUAAGUAGAAACUUUUUUAUUUAUUUAUGUAUUUUUUACUUUGAAGUGAGUAGCCCUCUAGGAAUAUGUUUGGCAAGGCCAGUCAUCGACUCACUUUGCAUUAAUGUUGAAAUAAGGGUGUGGGAACAAUUUUAGGGACUUGAGAUGGCUUUUUUUAAUGGUGGUUGUCUUGAAUUUCACUGCAGCUCAAAUGGGUUAUCCAGGACCCCUUAUUUACUGAAACCCACUGACAACCGCCUGUGUUGAAUGUUACUGCAUCGACAACUGGGUUGUGAAACACUUUCUAAUGCAUGGGUAUUGAUGUAGUCGCCUUGCGCAUGGAACAAUUUAAAGAAACAUCUUGCACGCAUGAAUUAUACUGAAGAAAAAUAUAAACUGAACAAUUUCAACCAUUUUACUGAGUUACAGUUCAUAUAAGGAAAUCAGUAAAUUGAAAUCAAUUAAUUAGGCCCUAAUCUAUGGAUUUCACAUGACUGGGCAUGGGUCCAGCCAUGGGUGGGCCUGGGAGGGCAUUUUAGUGGCCUUUGAUUGUCCCCAGCACAAGGUGCACCUGUGUAAUGAUCAUGCUGGUUAAUCAGCUUCUUGAUACUCCACACCUGUCAGGUGGAUGGAUUAUCUUGGCAAAGGAGAAAUGCUCACUAACAGGUAUAAACUAAUUUUUGCACACAAUUUGAGCAAAAUAAGCCUUUUGUGCAUAUGGAACAUUUCUGGGAUCUUUCAUUUCAGUUCAUGAAACAUAGGACCAGCACUUUACAUGUUGCGUUUUAUAUUUUUGUUCAGUAUACAUUAUACAAUUUUAUUAGCAACCUUGGCAUAAAAGAGUGGCACUGACAUACAGCAGUAAGAAUUCCUUUUGCUUCUGGAAAAUAUAUAUUUUGUUUUUAUACCAGCUUUAUUUUUUUAAAUAUUCACACCUACAUUCUCAUUGACCAUGUUAAGUAUCUGUUGGUUAUUUUCUGUUUAUGUAUUUUAUCUCAAAUUCCAGCAUUUUCUUUAAUUUGAUGGUAAUGAUAACGAUUGCAGGCCUUUUUAUGGCAUUGAUUUGACUAAAUGUUUGAUGGCAAAAGUAAGCUGCUUCUGUGAAGCAGCUUAUGGAGCUUUAUUUUCAAGUAAUUUAAGAAACAUUGGUUUUGAAUGGAAUUGGUAUUGAUGAUUUUCUUAAAGCAUUCUCUCAUUCAUUUUCAUGCUGCAACAAACAAAAUUCUGAUUAGUAUAACAAAGAUGCGUCAAUAUGCAAGUGGAGAUAAUUAGUGACACUUAAGGAUUUCCUUACUACCAAGCCCUGUACCAGAAGAGUGAAGUGUUGAAAACCACGAAGGUUGUUAUAAGCAGAUGAAUAUCCAUGUUUCCUGAAGAGACUACGAGUUGGAGCUGGUGAAGGCCACAUAUUGCUUUUGAAGACCACUGGUCAUGAAGAUGGUGCAUGUGCAGCCGAAGAAGGUGCAUGUGCUGAACAAGUGAAGACAUUUUUUACAUUUACAUUUACGUCAUUUAGCAGACGCUCUUAUCCAGAGCGACUUACAAAUUACACACUAAUAUGACCCCUCUGUAGAAAGGGGAGUGUCUCACGAACAAGUACUUCGGUUGUUUUGCUCUAGGACACCCAUAAACCUCCCAAGACUAGUCUGAAGGUAACCGGGUACCAGUUUUAUUUAUUUAUUAUGGAAGUAAAUAUGGAGAUAGUUCAGUGGCUAAAAUAAGGGGUUAUAUUUGCCUACCGAUCAACAACAUUUGCAUAGAAGCAUCACUCCAGUAUGUCAUGCCUGUUUGGAAAGACAUCAUAUAGGCACCUGCUGUUAGUUUGAGAAUAUAAAAGAACAUCUAUUCAAUGCAAAUGAGUCCAACGUAAUGUCAUGAUUUGUGAUUACUGCUGCUUAUGAAACUACAUUUUUACAUUUUAGUCAUUUGGCAGAAGCUCUUAUCCAGAGCGACUUACAGUAGUGAGUGCAUACAUUUUUCAUACUUUUUCCAAACUGGUCCCCCGUGGGAACCGAACUAGGAUUUUUUUUGGUCAUUUUCAGUGAUAGGGAAAAAGUUAUUUUUUCAGCUGUCAGGACACAUCUCUAAACAAUUCAGCUGCCAGGAGGAAAUUCAAAACAAUUGGCUAGUUCAGCUAUCUGUCAAGAAAUGGGCGGGUUGAUCCUACCGCUACGAUUGGAUAGAGCGAGGCUGUAACGCUGCUUCCUUUCACAUCUCUCCAUUGGCUCAUAUCACUUGCUGCGGUUUACUGCUACUGUGAGAACUAGCUCAAUGGCGAUGACAUUUGCUACCAAGCCAUAAAUGUGCAUAAUAUCUAACAAGUAGAGCGGGGUAGAAAAAAAGCACACCAUGCCGUCUGACGAAUGAUCAAAAAUAGUUGAGAAGAGAACGCCACGCGCGAUCUACAGCUUCUGGUCCAACUGCAGGGAUAUUUUUGUUAGUAAACCUAUUGCCAACCUUUAUUUGGCAUUUAACCUCCUCUUCUGACAAUCACAAUCCGACUAUCAACUGUCAAUUUACGUACGAUUACACUGUUCAGACACCUCCAGUAAAUGCAAUGUCACACCUCAAUCAGACGGUUCGUUCAAAUUCUAUUUAGCUGCUACGUUGGCGAUCAUCAAUUGAUAUCUAUCACCACUAUCCCAGACUACCGAUAUUGAUUGGAGAAGUUCCUGGAUGUUCAGUAUCACAGGUGCCUGUUAAUGAAGUUGCUGAGACACUACAGUACAGGAUUUAUGGAGCAAGCCCACAUAGGUUUGCAGGUAAUUACUUAGUGUUGCUAGUGGAAACACCAUAGGUGUCGGCUGAUAAAUGAGAACUGUUAGCUAUGACCACAGGGGAAGACUUUAGGAAUGACUGUUAAUGUUAGACUGUUGAAAAAGCGGUAAAUUGUUUUUGUUCAGCAAGGAAGACUGCGUUGUUCCAGAAAAGUGUUGAAAAUCGUCUUGGGGAUUUUGGUUAAAUUGCAUGAAAUGGAUGAGAAAAUGUUUAGAUUUUGCCUUUCAAUUCUAGUUAUUUGACUGUAAUUCAGAUAAGGUUAUCAAAUUGCCUCAUAUCAAACAGAAUAGCAACCUAUUAAAUCUAAAUUGACUAAUUCAAAAGUUUUCAAUAGUGGUUCAGUGUGCAUAAUUGUCUCUGUCGUAAGACUCUUUUCACUGAGAAAUAUUAUAUGUCAUUAGGGUUUGUAGAUGUAUUGAAUGCUACUCUUCGUGGGUUUCCACCCACUUUCGGUCUUAAGGUUUUUCCAACUACACUUUUGUGCAUUUAGGCACUGCAUGGUAACUGGGACAUGGGCACAAGUUUGGUUUUGUGGUACACACAACAUUCACCCAUUCUUGGAUCACUUAUAACAAACGGAAAGCUGAUGUCUGCAUCCUUGAACAACCUCGCAAACACCUUGGUUCAACUGAAUUGAUACACUACAUGACCAAAAGUAUGUGGACACCUGCUAGUCGAACAUCUCAUCCCAAAAUCAAUGGGCAUUAAUAUGGAGUUGGUCCCCGCUUUGCUCCUAGAACAGCCAGCACUCUUCUGGGAAGGAUUUCCACUAGAUGUUGGAACAUUGCUGCGGGGACUUGCUUCCAUUCAGCCACAAGAGCAUAAGUGAGGUCGAGCACUGAUGUUGGGCGAUUCAUUCCAAAGGCGUUCGAUGGGGUUGAGGUCAGGGCUCUGUGCAGGCCAGUCAAGUUCUUCCACACCGAUCUCGACAAUCUAUUUCUGUAUGGACCUAGCUUUGUGCACGGGGGCAUUGUCAUGCUGAAACAGGAAAGGGCCUUCCCCAAACUGUUGCCACAAAGUUGGAAACACAAUUGUGUAGAAUGUCAUUCUAUGCUGUAGCGUUAAGAUUUCCCUUCACUGGAACUAAGGGGCCUAGCCCAAACCAUUAAAAAAAUGCCCAGACCAUUAUUCCUCCGCCACCAAACUUGGCACUAUGCAUUGGCAGGUAGCGUUUUCCUGGCAUCCGCCAAACCCAGAUUUGUCUGUCGGACGGCCAGAUGGUGAAGCGUGAUUCAUCACUCCAGAGAACGCAUUUCCACUGCUCCAGAGUCCAAUGGUGGCGAGCUUUACACCACCUCAGCCGAAGCUUGGCAUUUCGCAUGGUGAUCUUAGGCUUGUAUGCGGAUGCUCGGCCAUGGAAACCCAUUCCCGACGAACGGUUCUUAUGCUGACGUUGCUUCCAGAGGCAGUUUGGAGCUGAGUGUUGCAACCGAGGACAGAUGACCACUUUGCGGCUGAGCCGUUGUUGCUCUUCGACGUUUCCACUUCACAAUAACAGCACUUACAGUUGACCGGGCAGCUUUAGCAGGGCAGAAAUUUGUCUAUGGAGAUUGUAUGGCUGUGUGCUUGAUUUUAUACACCUGUCAGCAACGGGUGUGGCUGAAAUAGCCGAAUUCACUAAUUUGAAGGGGUGUCCACAUACUUUUGUGUAGAUGUAGAUCACAACCCCAUUUCUAAAAAUGUACUCAUUCAAUUGUUUCCUCUUAAUAUUUUGUGUCAUAUAAUCAAAACAUUUGGACUCCAACUUCCUCAUGUUGGUAAAAGUAUCUUGUAUAGGAAAGUACCAUUAUUGUAGCUAGACUUUCUUAAACGAGGGGUUAACUCAUUUUGAUCAUAUGCUUAAAAAAACCGUUAUUGUAAGCUUAUCAACCGCUCCUCACACUUGCUGUGACUACCCCUUGCUGCUCCUUCCGCUCCUCCUUUCCUUCCUAUCAGCUCCAGGGGUGUUGAGUUCCUCUGCUCCCCCUGAGAUGGCUGUGUCUGACGUGACCAAGGAGAGUCCUGUGCCUCUAGAAGCCUCCACUGUUCUUCCAGAGAUCGAAUCCCAACCAGUGUCAGAAAUGGCUUCAGGAGAUGCAUCUAGUGGACAACUUAAUGGCGUAGGAGCAACACCUGAAGUUAGAGCAACCGUUGUUGAAGAACGUAUAGCAAUUGCUGAACAACAGGUCACCCAAGCACCAGAAGAGGUCAUCAUUCAAGAUUCAGCUGACGUUACAGAGGCUACCGUGGCAGCCACUGAAGAUGCUGUGGCUGCUGAACCCGUGGCAGUGGCUGCUGAACCCGUGGCAGUGGCUGCUGAACCCGUGGCAGUGGCUGAAGAACCCGUGGCAGUGGCUGAAGAACCCGUGGCAGUGGCUGAAGAGACUCCGGUCCAAGAACCAGCACCUGCUGCUAAAGAGCCAAUCGUAGACACAAUUGAUGGGAUGGCACGUGUAACUCCAGAAGUCCCCCCUGAGCCUGCAGUCGAGACGAUCACUGAAGACUUUAAGACUGUGAGUUUGGAUCCAGCUCCUGAUGAUGCCGUACUAUGCACUGAAGUGGCCAGCUUGGACACUGGGGCCACAGAACCUGAACCACUGUCUGCUGAUAUGACCAUUGACACCGCCAUAUUAAACGAAACUCCUGUUGAGAAAGAACCAAUUGCGGCCUGCUCUGAGGCCGUCCAGACGAAGGUGAUGUCAAAUCGUGCGGUCCCGACCAUCUCCACCCGUCUCCUGUCAGGUGGGUCAUUUUGUGUGCACAGUUAAAGCUGCUUUUUCCCCCUCUUACAGCAGCUUCCCCUUUUCAGACAUUUUGUCUCUCUUAUACUUGCAAACUUCUGCACCAAUGCUGGGCCUAGAUUUGCCUUUUCAAAUGUUAUGUUUUGCCACAUUUUUUAUUUAUUAUAUUAUGCUUGAUGAAAAGGGGCUUAUGUUGAGAAAUAUGAAGAGAUUUUCAAUUACAUUUUCUUUUAGGGCUUGUUAUUAUCAUGAUUAUCAUUGGCUCUCAAUUUUCUCUUGCGUCACUGUUUAAACUCAGUGUUUCACCUUGAAACAGGCCAGUCCAUUUAGGCACUUAAUGUAAAGAACUGACUUCCAGCAACUUUUUCCUCUUGUCAUCAGAUGUUGACUGUCCUUUGACUAGUCUAUUUCCAUCUCUCUUCCUUCUCUGGGCUUAUUGGUGUUUAUCAGGAAGAAUGCACCAAUCCAACUGUGUUGAUGUGCUCUAACUGCAAUAUCUGUUUUUAACACUGGUAUUUGUAUCCAAUGAGGGUGGGUAGGGAGGGGUCCUUGUUCCAAUUAUGGCUUUUUGUUCAUUGCAGUACACCUUUUUACUACUCGCUAGCCACAUUUAAUCCGUUGUGGAUUGUUUUAAUUUAAUAUAUGAAAUUGGUCAUGUUUCAAUUAAAUAACGAUUGCUUUUAUUUGUAUCUAUACUAUAGCCCAACUUUUAAACUUGGUCGUAAACCAUAAUUUGUCAUUUUACCUUCAAAAUGAACAAUAUCACACCUCAUCACUGGAAAAAAAAAAAAAAAUUUAUGUCAUUGGUUACGAUCUCGUUCAGUCGAUUUAACAAUUUCAGGUAAUGGAUGUUAGUGGGAUGAAUUUGUCUAAGUGUGAACCCAUUAGGGAGCUUAGGUCAAACAAUGCAUAGCAUUGUUUAUAACCGCUACAGUUCCUUAGAAUUUGACCUGUCAUUCCACUGUCACAAAUUUAUUUUAGUGUAAAUAGUGCCACGCUUUGCCAAUGCAUUUGCCACACUUUCCUCUGCACUGAGUGGGAUCCUCAAUUUGAAUCUCUGGUUAUAAAAUUGCAGUAACGCUGUAGAAAAUGUCAUGUGUGGGUCUGUGCUUGGACCAAGUAGAUGUUUGUGUUUUUAACUUUAGGUUGUCAGUUGUGGUUUUGCCUGAAUACUUGAAUUGUAGUGUGCAUUGAGUUUGCUGCCCUGCAACAAAUCCUUCCAUUUCGGAAAUAAGGUUGGUGUGGUGUUCAUUUUCCUAACCCUGGAGUUUUUAGGUAACAUUGCCUUGUGUGUUCUGAUCUUUUAACCCGCAUGGUUCAGGCUUUGACUUCCUUCCAAAUAUUAAACAAACAUAUUUGUUUCAUUCAGCCGCACUCUCUGGCCCUGCAAGUGUGGCUACCUCCCUGGAACCCCAGGCUGCUUCUGGCCCUGCCAAGCCCAAAGGCAAAGAGGCCAAGGGUGGCUCUGCCCCUAAGGCUGUCCCUGGCAGAAGAAAAAAGUCCUCGAUGUCUGCCUCCUCUGCUUCUCCAACCUCCCCAAAGCCCUCCUCCUUAGCUACCUCACCUGGGGCCCCUGGAGCUCCCAGCCAGGGUAACCGUGCCGUCCCAAAGGUUGUAAAGGCUGGCAAACAAGGAAAGGCUAAGAAAGAGGCUUUCAAGCCUGCUGCUGACCUGCCAGCCCCAGCUGAGGCUCCUGCCCCCACAGAGGCCAAACCUGUGCCUAUUGAGCCUAAAGCUGCUCCUGCACCAGUAGUGGCCAUGCCAGCACCUGUUGCUGCAGAGCCUGCACCUGCCUCACCCAUCACUCCCAAGCCUGUGGCAUCCCCUGUGGCCUUCAAAGUGACCUCAAAGCCUGCUGCAUCAGCCCCUAUGUCAUUUGCUGAUGCUGUUGCCUCUAGCCCCUCUAAAGCUGCCCCUGAAAUGCCCAUGGCCAAGGCAGCCCCUGCACCAGCUAAGCCUGCUCUGGAGGAUGAUGACCUUCCACCUCUCAUUCCACCAGAGGAGCCAGUAAAGAUGCCAGUCUUCUCACCCCCUACAGUAGUAGAGGCUCCUAAGCCUGCCCCAGUUGCUUCUCCAGCUCCCCCUAAACCAGCUCCAGUUAAGCCCGUUGUAGCUGCUCCCCCUAAACCAGCUCCAGUUAAGCCCGUUGUAGCUGCUCCCCCUAAACCAGCUCCAGUUGAGCCCGUUGUAGCUGCUCCAGCUAAACCAGCUCCAGUUAAGCCCGUUGUAGCUGCUCCAGCUAAACCAGCUCCAGUUGAGCCCGUUGUAGCUGCUCCAGCUAAACCAGCUCCAGUUAAGCCCGUUGUAGCUGCUCCAGCUAAACCAGCUCCAGUUGAGCCCGUUGUAGCUGCUCCAGCUAAACCAGCUCCAGUUAAGCCCGUUGUAGCUGCUCCCCCUAAACCAGCUCCAGUUAAGCCCGUUGUAGCUGCACCAGCUAAACCAGCUCCAGUUAAGCCCGUUGUAGCUGCACCAGCUCCAUCUAAACCAGCUCCAGUUAAGCCUGUUGUAGCUGCACCAGCUAAACCAGCUCCAGUUAAGCCCGUUGUAGCUGCACCAGCUCCAUCUAAACCAGCUCCAGUUAAGCCUGUUGUAGCUGCACCAGCUAAACCCGUUGUAGCUGCACCAGCUAAACCAGCUCCAGUUAAGCCCGUUGUAGCUGCACCAGCUCCGACUAAACCUGCCCCAACUGAGCCCGUUGUAGCAGCACCAGCUCCCUUUAAACCUGCCCCAGCUGAGCCCGUUGUAGCAGCACCAGCUCCCUUUAAGCCUGUGCCAGUUGAGCCCGUUGUAGCUUCCCCUAAGCCUGCUGAAGUAGCCAUUGUACCACCACCUGUUUCAAAACCUGCCCCUACCCCUGCUAAAACCCCAACCAAACCGGAGCCUGUGACCAAGAAUGAGGGUAUUUCUUCUUCCUUUCUCUCUGUCUCCUGUGUCCCCUCUGUUUGCCUGCCAAUGUUGAGUUCUGUGGCCCAUUCACUGGCUUGCUCAAGUGUCUCUUCCCUCUUCUUCAGGUUUGAGAUAAAGUAGAGAUUGUAGUAGUCUGUGUAUUAGAUUUGCUUCAAAUGUAACCUCCAAACUGGCCUGUUUCAAAGAUUAAUGUAGUUAUUGGAGCUAUUGAUAGAUUGGUGAAUCAGUGCUCCCACGAGUGCCAUUUUGUUAUUUUAGAUGAUAAUUUAAAGCGGUAAUCAGCAGUAGAAACGGUAAGCGGCCUCCCCACCCCUGGUUCGGUUAAAAGCUGAGGGAUGGGGCUGGAGAAAUGUAAUCACUCUCAAAUUCAUAGACGGGGCUACGGAUACAAGGAUUUGACCGUCCAUGAUAUCAAAAUUACAGAUUUAACCAUGUUUUGAGGCUAUAUAGUGUUUGUUUACAUUUUCUUUCUUUACAAACAUUGGAGUAAAAAAGCUUAUUUUGGGUUCCGAUGGGGUAGGACAGUUGAACUAAGCUCAUGAAGCAUUUAUAAGUUAUGUUCUUCAAGAAUCAAUGGGUACAUAUUAUUCAUUUAUAAGUCAAAUUGAUGUCGCAACUGCUGAUUGCCCCUUUAAAUGUGUACUUUCAAACCAAAAGGUUCCAGUUGGCAUGUUUUGCCUCCCAUCAAGAUGCAUGUUAAAGGUUCAAAUUAUGUAAAUGUUCUCAAAUUCCCUACUAUUAUAUAAUUGGUUUUUGGAUGUUUUUCCCGUCAAUUAUACAGUUAAUUGAUAUCAUGGGGGGGGGGGUCGUCAAUGUCAUUAUGAUCCAUUUUUAAAUCUGUAUGACUAGGGCAACAUUUUACCAUAAGAUUCUUUAACAUUUAUUUAUAAGCAGGUCUGUUAAUUUGUACACUGACUUUUCUUUAACCUCAUCCACAUAUAACCAUUUUUAUUCUUUCAGUGCCUCAAAUUAAUAGGUUAGAUUCACUUACCACCAACAAAUGUUGUGCUCAUUCAACGUCUCAAUUUGUAUUGGUCUCGGUGCCUUAAACAGACUUUGCUCAGUUAAAUUACCCAUGCAAUUACAAUUCUCCGGUCUUACACAGGCGCUACUGUAGGAGAACUGGUUACCUGCUGCUCAGGCAUCUGCCUGUGACAGCCUGUAUAAUGUGACUAAUGCUUGUUUCUCUGUGGGGUGCUUACAGGGUCUGGCACUGAAUCGGACAGCGACGAGUCGGUACCAGAUCUGGAGGAACAGGACUCCGCACAGACACAGCAAGCACAGGUAAGACUGCCUGAACAGGUGUCUGGUAGGGCACGGAUAGGAUUAACUGCUUAUAUAUUACAUGGGUGUGAUACAGUAAACAGUCCCUCCAGGAUUCUGCGAUCGCAAUUUUAUUUAGCAAAAUCAACAAUUUCCCACACUAUUUCCGCAUAAAGAGUCAAAUCGUCGCAAUAUUAUCGCAUAAAAAUGACCCUUCACCGCAGUACAAAAAGAGGGCUCGCAAUUUCAACCAAUCACUGCACAUUUCCAUCAUAAGGUAAAAUCAAACCAGACGUCAACAAUCUUUUUCCCUCAUCAGCGCAUUUUCGCGACAGUGGACAAUAAUUGCAUAUUGCCAUGCAAAAUGUCAGAACUGCCGCAGCAAAAUCUAGCAUUUUGGCCCGCAAAUAUCUCUAAGAAAUCUCAGCAACAUCCUGGAGGGACUGAGUAAACACCUGCACUGCACUCACAACAUGAUUAGAACCCCUGAGUAUCUAUUUAAGAAUAAUAGAUCCUUGACUCUUCAGUGAUGAUUGAUACAGUGACUUUCGUUCUUCUGAGUCUACUGAAGCCAACCUUUCUGUCCUGAGAAGAGAAAAGGCCAAAGGGAUACUUUCAUUUGUUUUAUUUUCACCAUUCAUACCAUUGUCUUACAUAUGGGUGGAAUUGUUGGUCUCACUCUCAAACCUUGACUGCCAUUUAAAGGGGGAUAAAUGUAUUUUUUCCACAGCUUGCAGCUGCUGCAGAAAUAGAUGAGGAACCCGUUAGCAAAGCCAAACAGAGCCGUAGUGAAAAGAAGGCACGAAAGGUAACUAGCUUCAAAAACUAUCUGGACUUUAUCAAAUUUUCAUUAGACAUUCCCAUCUUAAAAGAAUACGUUGAAUAAUUUCAAUUACUAUGCCACCUUUUAACUAUCCAUUGUAUAGUAUAAACAAUGGAUAGUUAAAGGAGGACGGUUCCAGUCAAAAUAAAACAUAACCCAUGAUUGUUUGCUUUUCUUCAGGCAAUGUCUAAGCUGGGUCUCAGGCAGGUGACUGGGGUCACCAGGGUUACCAUUCGCAAGUCUAAGAACAUCCUGUUCGUCAUCACCAAACCAGAUGUCUACAAGAGCCCUGCAUCAGACACUUACAUUGUCUUUGGUGAGGCUAAGGUAAGAUAGAUCCAGGAUACCGUUUUUGAAUUUUAUUUUCUGAUCCCCUUUCAAAUCUAAAAUGCUAUAGGCAUUGUUCCAUCUAGUCUAGACUGCUCUUUCAAGAUACCCUUGUAGUAUGCGAUUUCUGGUUAUCCGUCAAAUAUGCAGUGUAAUGUCCUUCGACCAAGGUGUUGGUGUUCUUGCCAAAGGAUGCAGCACUGAUAUCUCUGUCCGUUUCUCUCCCUUUGUUUCUCAGAUCGAGGAUCUCUCACAGCAAGCCCAGUUGGCAGCGGCAGAGAAGUUCAAGGUACAGGGAGAAGCUGUGUCGAACAUCCAGGAAAACACACAGACGCCUACCGUACAGGAGGAGAGCGAAGAGGAAGAGGUGAGGGCCUUGAGGGGUGAAAAAGUGACCAUACAAUCGACAGGAGUUUAAUUUAUUUUCAGUGAUGAUUGAUACAGUGACUUUCGUUCUUCUGAGUCUACUGAAGCCAACCUUUCUGUCCUGAGAAGAGAAAAGCAGUGUUAACUAUGAUGGGGCUUAGUUUGUACAUGAUCAAAAACCAGGCACCAUAUGUUUUGUUGUCCAUUAGAUUGUAUAGCUCUUGUUUGCCACAAAUAAUUUGCAUGUAGUUUGAUCAUAGUAGUCUCCCAUGCACAAUGGGGUCAUUUAUGGGCCCGAUCCAAAAGCCCAAUUCCCCUGGAGAUGUCAGUGAAUUGCAUUGCGAGUUGACUGUCAAAUGUAUAUGUACUAAUGCUUUGUCUCGAUGCAUAGGUUGACGAGACCGGGGUCGAGGUGAAGGACAUUGAACUUGUGAUGUCACAAGCCAACGUGUCGCGAGCGAAGGCUGUACGCGCCCUGAAAAACAACAACAACGAUAUUGUCAAUGCUAUUAUGGUAAGUCUUUUUUACCACACAAUUCCCCUUGUCACCAGACAAAAUAUUAUCUGGCACAAGGUCCCUUCACUCCAAAUAUUUGUGGAUUUGAAUUGUGACCUGUGUCCCAAGUUCCCAUGGGAUCUACCAGCAGGAAAUCCUUUCUCUUCAGUGAUGAUUGAUACAGUGACUUUCGUUCUUCUGAGUUUACUGAAGCCAACCUUUCUGUCCUGAGAAGAGAAAAGCAGUGUUAACUAUGAUGGGGCUUAGUUUGUACAUGCAUCAACACAUUGUAUUCUUAUUUUCACAGGAAUUGACGAUGUAGGCUGCUGAAGUCGAAGGAGUUCUGAAAGGUUGCUGAUUUAAUCUACUAUCGUUGGUACAAUUUAUACCAAAGAUGGAAAUAAAGUUGUG